AUGAUGGAGCGCAUGGCAGAAGCGAUUGAAGAUUCACAUUUAAUGUUGGUUUGUAUGUCAAGUGCGUAUAAGACGAGUCAAGCAUGUCAAGCCGAAUGCGAAUAUGCUUUUAGUCGUCAAUCUCGAGCACUUUUUCUGAAAAUAGAACCGAACUAUAAACCAAAAGGUUGGUUAGGUAUUUUUCUUGGCAGCAGAUAUUAUAUUGAUAUUACAAAAGGAGAUUUUUUGACAAAAUUUAAAGAGAUAGUCAAACAAAUUAGUAUUGAAAGAAAUGAAACUCCCGACUAUAGUUUAAUUGAUACAAUCAUUACGGCCGAUGUGCAAAGAGCUGUGACAGAUACUCUGAAAACUAAAGACAAAAUCAGUUGCACUGCUGCUACAAAAGCAAUAUCAACCAAUAUUGAUAAAAUGUUACUGUCAGGUGAUAUUCAUCAAUCAACAUUGUCACCACCUUCAUUUAGGAAAGCAACAACAUGUGCUACUAACUCUGAACAGAAAACUUAUAAUAUCAAUGCUCCUUCAUCUCCAAAUACCAAAGAAAUAUUGAAUGUCAAACCGUCACUGCUUAAUGCAUCAAAUAAUUUUAUACCAUCGUCUACCCUUUCUACCACUAGUGACACAGAUCUCCAACAAAUAAAUUCAAAGCAAGACACACCUAUCAGUAGCUCGUCUAUUGUAUUGUCAUUUGAAAAGUCGACAUCCCUAUUAGACAGUCAAAGCAAAAUUAAAGAAGAGUGUUUGACU